AUGCAGCUGACCACCGCUCUCGUCGCCGGCCUCCUCUCCGCCACUGCCCUGGCCCGCAGCGUCCCCCGUGCCUAUCCCGGCAUCAACGAGGAGCAGAGCCGCAACGCCGGCGCUGCCAUCUGGCAGGUCCGCAACUACAGGCUCGGUCGCCAGGCCUGCCUCGCCGUCAUCAGCACUGCUCUCCAGGAGUCUGAGCUCGAGGUCUACGCCAACCCGCGCGUGCCCGAGUCCUACAAAUACCCGCACAACCGCGAGGGUGGUGACCAGGACUCUGUCGGCAUGUUCCAGCAGCGCAAGGCAUACUACCCCGACAUUGCCGCCGACAUGGACCCUGCUCGCAGCACUGGCCAGUUUCUCGACGCCAUGCUCCGCGUCCCCGGCUGGCAGAACAUGGAGAUCUCCCAGCUGGACCAGGCCGUCCAGCACGCCGAGGCUGGCAACCUGUACGGCCAGCGCAUCCCUCUCGCCACUCGAAUCUGCAACGCUGCCGGUUUCUAG